UGAAAUAUUCGUAACUCACUCUGUCUGUUUUCCAAUAAGCAACACCAAAAAGUAACACCAAAACAAAAAAAAUAACACAUAAAAACACAGAAGAAACUACACUGCACCUCGAUUAGAUCAUCCCUCCCUCCUUGUAGAGUUGAGUAUCUCAAAUUUUACACUUUUUUUUUCAACUUUGUUUCUCUCUCUCUCUCUCACUAGGAGGGGAGGUGGAGUGGGAGGGAUAUUUUGCCAGUAAUGGCAGCGUUUCAGUGGCAGUGCAAGAAAAAAGGGGUAUGAGUUUUCAUUGGGAAGGUAAAAAUUUUGCACCCAAAUACAAGCCAACCCUUUAACACCUUCAUGUUUUUCUUAGGAACUCUCUUCUUCUUCUCCCCUUUUCACUCUUGCUAGAUAGAUUCUAUAGAGAGAGAAAAAAAGAACCCUAUUUCACUUAGACUUGGAGAGAGAAAAGAAAAAGGAAUAGGGGUAGCUGAGGGGUGGGGUGUAUUGCUUUUUCUGACUAUUAGUAUUGCUAACUAUGUAUUCCAUUAAGGAUUUGCUGUGAAAAAGCCUGAUAUCAGUAAGCAUAAAACUCGGGAGAUCAGUUUCCACUGCCUCUUAGCCUCCCCAAAAAGAGAGGGAAAACGAUUCAUCAUUACUACUUAUUAAACAGAGUAGUCUCUCUCUGUGUGUGUGUGAGAGAGAGGUUAUGGUGUUUUCAUAGGCAAAAACUAGAGGGAAGGAACUAAAUUAAAGACCCAAGAAGAAACAAACAAACUGAGAGAAUAAUGGAAGGGGGUUCUAAUGGAAAUAAUACAUCUUGUUUGAUGAUGAUGGGCUAUGGAGAUCAUGACACAAAUAACAACAACAACAGUGGAAGUGGAACACUGUGUACUCCUCCAAUGAUGAUGAUGAUGAUGCCUCCUCCUCCUACUUCUUUAACUAACAAUAACAAUGCCGAAACUAGCAACAACAACCACAAUAUCCUUAUUCUUCCUUUCAUGGACAACAAUAAUCCUCACGAAGAUCAUGGAAACAGCUCCUCUUCUUCUACUUCUUCCAUCAAGUCAAAGAUUAUGGCUCAUCCUCACUACCCCCGUCUCUUAGCUGCUUAUAUCAAUUGUCAAAAGAUAGGAGCUCCGCCGGAAGUGGUGGCAAGGCUAGAGGAACUAUGUGCCACGUCAACAGCAAUGGGCCGUACCAGUGGUGGUGGUGGAAUCGUCGGAGAAGAUCCCGCACUCGAUCAGUUCAUGGAAGCUUACUGUGAGAUGCUGACAAAAUAUGAACAAGAACUCUCAAAACCCUUUAAGGAAGCCAUGGUUUUUCUCUCAAGAAUUGAAUGCCAGUUCAAAGCUCUCACACUUGCAGCAAAUUCCUCUCAUGAAUCUGUUGCAGCUCUGGGUGAGGCAAUGGAUAGAAAUGGAUCAUCUGAUGAGGAGGUUGACGUGAAUAAUGGUUUCGUAGACCCUCAGGCCGAAGAUAGAGAACUCAAAGGUCAGCUGCUUCGCAAAUACAGUGGUUACUUAGGUAGCCUUAAGCAGGAGUUCAUGAAGAAGAGGAAGAAAGGCAAGCUGCCUAAGGAAGCAAGGCAACAACUGCUCGACUGGUGGACCCGACAUUACAAAUGGCCAUACCCAUCGGAAUCCCAGAAACUGGCACUUGCUGAGUCUACAGGAUUGGACCAGAAGCAAAUAAACAACUGGUUUAUCAACCAAAGAAAAAGGCAUUGGAAGCCAUCCGAAGAUAUGCAGUUUGUGGUGAUGGAUGCUGCUCAUCCACAUAAUUACUAUAUGGACAAUGUUCUGGCUAACCAUUUCCCGAUGGAUAUGACACCAUCUCUCCUCUGAAUAUUGUGGAGUUAUCUACAUGGCCAAUUCCAACUUAAUUAAGAAAGUGAAAGUGAAAUUUCAAGAUUUGUGUAAUAUUGAGCUCUAAUAUUAUCAAGAAUGUUUUUUCAUAUUACUUGUAUGCAUGUAGUAGUAAUUGUGACAUGAUCAACACUUAAUGGUAUGGAAUUUAGAUUGUAAUUUUAUCUUUGA